AUGACCAGCUAUAGUUUACCUCAGUUUCCCGAUUACAAAGUGACGGUCUCGUUGUUUGAAGAUGUUUCCAACGCUGCAGAACUGCGGUCAAACGUGGCAGAGAUUCCUUUUGCAUUGAUCGAUGCUAGAUUGAUUUGUUCGAGUGAACAGUUAUACUCUGCUAUAUAUCGAGCUCUUGUCGAAACGACUUACAAUAGGAUGCGGACCAAGAGUUUGCAUUCGGAGUGUCUUCUGUGCUUGUCACCUUCUUCUAAUAUAGGCGAAGCUUUCCAGACUUUCGGUAUUAGAGAUGACUGCCAAGUGGUUAUUGGCGUUCAGAUCUUGGGACCAAAGGAUCCAGGUUCUACGCAGCAAAUUAGAGAUUUUGUUCAGGGGACUGAAGUUGAAUGUUGUGAUGAGAAUAUUCAAAAGCACUACAACGAAGAUACGAUAAGAAAGUAUGUUAACCGCCUAUUGUGGGUUAUUUUCGAUAAUGCAGUAUUUUUACUGACUUAUCCUUGUAAAAUGCAGGUAUACAAAUUGAACCAGAAAUUUCGGCCGGAGACCAUGGAAGGGCUAUCGAGAGCCCUGGUCAAUGCUAUUCAAUUAAGAGGUUUGUAA